GCGGGACCCCGUCUCCCAAAAUGCCCCGCGGCCGGGGACACCAUCUCCCAGAGCACCCCGCGCCGGCCCGGCGCCCGCCUGCCGACGCCCACCGGGUGGGCGUUCUGGUGUCUGUUUCCCGUCCAGGACCGCAGGGCUCUCCCUGACAGCCUCCUGGCGGCCGCGGCAGCGGGAUGGACAGCCCGGAGGUCACCUUCACGCUGGCCUACUUGGUGUUCGCCGUGUGCUUCGUGUUCACGCCUACCGAGUUCCACUCGGCCGGACUCACGGUGCAGAACCUGCUGUCGGGCUGGCUGGGCAGCGAGGACGCCGCCUUCGUGCCCUACCACCUGCGCCGCACGUCCGCCACGCUGCUGUGCCACUCGCUGCUGCCGCUCGGCUACUACGUGGGCAUGUGUUUUGCCGCUUCAGAUAAGCAGCUGUAUUCUCUUGGCCAGGCCCCGGAGGCCUGGCAGCUCUUCCUCCUGCUGGCAGUGACCCUGCCCACCAUCGCCAGCACCGUGAUCUACUACUGGUCCUGUGAUCAAUGGGCCCGCCACCCACUGGCCCGCACCCUGGCCCUCUAUGCCCUCCCGCAGUCAGACUGGUGGGCUGUGGCCUCCUCAGUCAACACCGAGUUCCGGCGGAUUGAUAAGUUUGCCACGGGGGCACCUGGUGCUCGUGUGAUCGUGACAGACACGUGGGUGAUGAAGGUGACCACAUACCGUGUGCAUGUGGCUCAGCAACAGGAUGUGCACCUGACCGUGACGGAGUCACAGCAGCACGAGCUCUCCCCAGAUUCCAACCUGCCUGUGCAGCUCCUUACCAUCCACGUGGCUGGCACCAGCCCUGGCGUGCAGGCCUUCGACAUCCGGUUUGUGAGUGCCCUGUCUCCUGGAGGCAUGUCAGCAUCCCCAGCAAGAAUGAUGGCCCUCCCUGCCCUGCAGAGGGGCCUUGGCCCCAGCCUAGCAGCCCCCACCUUGUGCAGGCUGAACUCCACGGAGUAUGGUGAGCUGUGUGAGAAACUCCGCGCACCCAUCCGCAGUGCAGCCAACGUGGUCAUCCAUCAGAGCCUGGGCGACCUGUUCCUGGAGACAUUUGCUUCUCUGGUGGAGGUCAACCCAACUUACUCAGUCCCCAGCAGCCAGGAGCUGGAGGCAUGCAUUGGUUGCAUGCAGACACGUGCCAGUGUGAAGCUGGUGAAGACCUGCCAAGAGGCAGCUGAGGGCGAGUGCCAGCAGUGCUACUGUCGUCCCAUGUGGUGUCUCACUUGCAUGGGCAAGUGGUUUGCCAGCCGCCAAGACCCGCAGCGCCCUGAUACCUGGCUUGCCAGCAGAGUGCCUUGCCCCACCUGCCGUGCACGCUUCUGCAUCCUGGAUGUGUGUGCUGUGCGCUGAGCCUUCUGGCUGCAGCAAAGGAGUGGCCUUGGGGGUCCCUGAAAGCCCUACCAGGGACCCCACAGCCACCAUGAGGAGUAGCCAGGGCUCCAGGCCCUUGUUUGUGUUGUCAGCCAGGGACUCUUUUCCCAGCCUCAUGGAGCUUGAGGGUUUUUGUUUAAAAAGGAAGUUUUUUUUGCAGCAGUGGCAGUGGGAUGGGACUUCAGUGCCUCUGCUUCCUUUGCUGCUUGUUUCUCCAGGUAGAGGCAGGUGCUGGACACGAACACGGUAUGGCGUGGGGCCCAUUUCCAGAGCAUUCUGAGGCUGCCUGAGCUAUCUUCUGGGAGACCAGGGGUCUGCCUCCAUGGCCCUACCCUGAACCACUUGCCUUAACUUUAUGCAGCACACCUGCCUCUCAGUUACACACCAGAACCAGGUUCAUCUAAGCUGGUUGCAGUCUGUCCUCCAGGCUUCUGAGUCCAGGCUGGCUGCUGGCCCUGUGGUAGUGUCCCCUCUGCACCCCACCAGGCUGCUGUGAGGAUGCAGAGAGAGGGGUGCAAGUUCAGGGUGAGAGCACUAUGUGGGCUUCCUGGGUGGGGUGGCCCCUACUUAGUUAUCUACGCCCCCUCCCCAGAGGUUCUGGACUUCCUGUCGGGCUGGCUUCCAUCAACUCCUGUAAUUCAGCUGCAUGCUUGGCGGGGGGCGGGGGUUGCCUUUCUCCUGGAGGGCAUGCACCUCCAUGCCUCCUGCUGCCCCAGGAGCCCCGAAAAAGGCCAGGCCUGACUCCUGGCCGGAGAUGGGUAUUGAGACAUCCUACAUCCGGACAAGUGCUUUGGGACAUAGCACAGGGCCCACCACAGCUCUGCACCUGGAGCGGAAUGACGUGCCUCUUCCCCAUUCCUGGUGGCCCAUGGGGAGGGCAGGAAUAGCCCGGCCCACGUGGCUGUGGGUGUAUGUGUGCGGGGGCUCACGCGUGGGGCCCUAAGCCGCGCUCCCCCCUCCCCCCCCCCCCAGCUGUUGUGUCCGCUGAGGUGAGGGACCCAGCUGGCGGCCAUCGGGGCGGGGCCGGCAAGCCCAGCCCCAGCCCCGGCUCACGGGCUGCCAGAGGAGGCCGGGUCGGGUUAUUUUUACUACUAGGGAAAGUUUUAUAAAGGGGAAUUUAUUGUAGCUGAGUGCGACGGUUCUUAAUAAAUGUUCGUCUGAAGUCCGUA